AUGCCAGAUAUUUCAGUUCUACAAUUGGCAUUAGAGAGAACUAGAUUUCACUAUCGGUAUCAGCAUGUUAGAGUUGUCAGGUCUACACUCAGUAUCAGCACGAUAGAGAUGAGAUGUCAGGUCCACAAUCGGUAUCAGCACGCUAGAGAUGUCAGGUCUACAAUCUACAAUCGGUAUCAGUACGCUAGAGAUGUGUCUGAUGUCAAGUCUACAUUCGGUAUCAGCACGCUACAGCACAAUAGAGAUGCCAGGUCUACAAUCGGUAACAGCAUGCUAGAGAUGUCAGGUCUACAAUCUACAAUCGGUAUCAGUACGCUAGAGAUGUGUCUGAUGUCAAGUCUACAUUCGGUAUCAGCACGCUACAGCACAAUAGAGAUGUCAGGUCUACAAUCGGUAACAGCAUGCUAG